CCAUAUUCAUAAAAGUGAUAGCAAGAGCAGAAAUACAACAAUUACAGUGAAUUUUCUUUCAGCUUUGAUUAUAUAAAUUCAAAAAUUUUGACUUUAUAAAAGAAUUAUUUCAAACGUUCGAUACUUACUUUGAAAAUUUAGUUAUCAUUAAAUAUUUAAACUAUUUCACAUGAUGAUUCGCCCAGAACUCGAUUACUAUGCAGUGUUGAAUGUUUCUCGGGAUGCGCCCAAGGAGGAUAUAACGCUUUCGUAUCGAAAAUUAGCCAUACAAUUGUGCCCACAUCGUGACCCAAAGUAUGAACGUGACUUUGUUUCUAUUUUGGGACCCACUCAUAUGCAACCUUUAUCUUUGAAUCGCCAAUGGGAAUACAUUAAUAUGGCUUACGAUGUUUUAGGUAAUGAUUUGCAUAGAGCCAUUUACGAUCGUUUCGGUGAGGCAGGACUGUUUCAAGGAAUACAAUUGCCAAACGGUUACUUUCCACCUUAUCAAUAUCACGGCGAUCAUAUGAAAGUCUAUCACGAUGUUUUUGGCAGUUAUUCACCUUACGCGAACAUUAUUGAUAUUGUUACAAAUCCUCCAUUACUAUAUUCUACCCUGGAACAUGGUAUUGGGGUACGCACAAAGGACCCGCCCGUGGAGAAAAUAAUUUAUUUAGAAUUGGAAGAGGUAUUUAAAGGAUGUACUAAAUUAAUGCAUGUUUGGAGGCAAGAAUUCCUUGAUUCCAAAGAAGAACGUACAGAGAAGAGAAAAAAGACACUGAAGCUCAAAAUACAACCAGGCACUACCCCAGGUACACGAUUUUGCUUCAAAGAGGAAGGCGACCGUAGCCCAACAAAAAUUCCCGCGGACAUUAUAUUUAUUACAGCUGAUAAGCCGCAUCCGGCAUUCGAACGUAGUCAACAUCACAACUUAGUCUAUACUCAUAAUAUAACUUUAAAGGAUGCACUUGUGGGGUUUAGUUUCACAAUACGAACUUUGGAUAAACGUUCAAUAAAGGUUAACAUUUCGGAUGUUGUUAAUCCCGACUAUAUCAAAGUAAUGCCAAGAGAGGGACUACCAAUUUGUGAAAAUAUACCGAUCGCCCCUGAUAUGAGGCCAGCUGGAGUCAAGAAGAAGAAGUUUGGAGAUCUAAUAAUUAAAUUUCAAGUUGAAUAUCCAAAAUUCAUGACAAACAAAAUGCGGAUUCUAACUAGAGAAUUGUUUUGUGAAUUACAAGAGCUCCAAAAAGAAGCAGAAGAAGCUCCGCAUCCCAUUCAUGGUCUUUUACAGAAAAAAGGAAGUAAACCUCACUAAACUACAAAUUAGAAAAUUUACGUCCGCAAGCAAAACAAAAAAUAAAUUAAUUGUACACGUGUACAUAUACACAUAGGUACAUAUUUUUAAUUACGUGCUGUACAUCAAAUAUUAUAUUUGUAUCAUUUAAACUCGGUUUAAAUUUUCUUGCAAUAAAAAAAUUAAAUUGGGCGCUCUAUGUAUCCAUACAUAAAA